AUGCCUGUCUCCGGGUCUUUGAGCAACGUGGACUGGGAGCCGAGCUUCUCCACGGUUGCCGUCCAUGGUGGCCAGGAGCCCGACCCUGUCAACGGCUCUCGUGCUGUCCCUCUGUACCAGACGGCUGCUUACAACUUCACCGACGCUGCUGAUGGCGCCAGCAAGUUUGCAUGGAGCAAGGACGGAUAUGUUUAUACGCGCAUGGGCAACCCGACCAACAGCGUCUUCGAGUCGCGCAUGGCGAUGCUCGAGGGCGGUGUCGGCGCCGUUGCAGCGUCCUCGGGCCACGCCGCGCAGUUCAUGGCCCUGACGCAGUGCUGCGAGCCCGGCCACAACUUUGUCAGCACCAGCUGGCUGUAUGGCGGCACCUACAACCAGUUCCGAGUGUACAUGAAAAAGUUCAAGAUCGACGUCAAGUGGGUUGUCGGCAACGAGCCCGCCGACAUUGACGCGGCCAUUGACGAGAACACACGGUGCGUCUACAUUGAGACGAUCAGCAACCCGAAGCAUAGCGUCCCCGACAUUCAGGCCAUCGCCGAUGUGGCGCACAAGCACGGCAUCCCGCUCAUUGUGGACAACACCUUUGGCAUGGGCGGAUACCUCUGCCAGCCCAUCAAGCAGGGCGCCGACAUUGUCACCCACUCCGCAACCAAGUGGAUCGGCGGCCACGGCACGUCGAUGGGCGGCAUCGUCGUUGACGGCGGUCACUUUGACUGGAGCGCCUCGGGCAAGUUUCCCGGCUUCACGGAGCCGGCGGACGGUUACCACGGUCUGAGGUUCUGGGACACGUACGGGUACAAGGCGCUCUCGGCCAAGGUGCGGAUGGACAGCAUGCGUGACCUGGGACCGUGCCUGAGCCCCUUCAACGCGUGGCUCUUGCUCCAGGGUUUGGAGACACUCGCGCUGAGAGGCGAGCGGCACUCGGAGAACACGCAGAAGCUGGCCGAGUGGCUCGAGGCACACCCGAGCGUCAACUGGGUGCUCUACCCGGGUCUCAAGUCACACCCGGACUACGAGUACACUAAGAGGGUGUUCACAAAUGGCGCCGGCGGUGUGCUGACAUUCGGUGUCGCCGGAAACAUCGACCAAGUCCGCUCCGUCGUCGACAAUCUCAAGCUCUGCUCGCACCUCGCCAACGUCGGCGACGCAAAGACGCUCAUCAUCCACCCGUGGGUGACGACGCACCAGCAGCUCCCCGACGAGGAGAAGAUCAAGGGCGGCGUGACGCCUGACCUGAUCCGCGUGUCAGUGGGCAUCGAAGGAUUCGAGGAUAUCAAGAAGGACUUUGCGCAGGCGUUCGAGGCGGCGGGCCUACCGGCGGCGACCAAGGCGGGCGGCGACCCGUUCGAUACGGCGCUAAGGUUGGUCUCGGGCGGGUUCAUGGGGGAGAAGGCGACGGGGGCGCCGAGGCCUGGGACGGACGGGACUGUGUCUGUUAAGGCGUAA